AUGUCAACAGUUAGUGACAAAGAAGAAGGCUUGGAGAACUCUGUCGCCCAAGCAAAAGCAAAUAGUAAAAGAAGGUCACCCCGACGCCAAAGGCGAUCUGACUGCAUACAGGUACAGAAGGAGUCCUCCCCAUUGGAUCAACUAAAGCAACUGUUGUUGAAGGAUGACAGACAACGGAUUGUUGUGGUGAGUGGUGCUGGGAUUAGCCAGUCGGCAGGGCUGUCAACGUUUAGUGACGACAAGAAGGGUCUCUAUGCUCAAGCCGGCAAGCGAUUUGGAUUGUCGGAUGGAUCUCAUGUCUUUCGGUAUCGAUUUCUUAAAGAUCGACCCUCAGAUUGCUUUCAAUUCUUUUACAAACUCUACCAACAAGCUAUCCAAGCAAAACCAACUCUUUCACACAAGGCCCUGCAAAACUUGAUGAACCAAGGACGGAUACAGCAUCAUUUCACACUCAACAUUGAUGGACUGCAUGCUCAUGCUCAUGCUCAUGACUCUCAAUCUGCAUCUGCAUCUGCAUCUGCCUCUGCCAUUGAGCUGCAUGGGACAUUGCACCAACUCGUAUGUCCAAAGUGUACCAAAGUAUUUUCCACUGCAGAGAUACUACCAGUAGUGCCGUCCCAACCAAAAAAGAGAAAACGGUACAGUAUUCCUCCAACAUGUCCCCAUUGCAAUGACACCACUACUCGACUACGGUUUCGUAUCCUGAUGUACAAUGAUGAACAACCAAACUUGAUUUGGGAUCACGACCCCCUUGACAAUAAUAAUAAUUUACAGCAUGUAUCUGCUGUGCUUUGGAUUGGCAUUUCCUUUCAACAACAAGCAUCCUGUGCACACUUUCAAAAAGUCUGGGAAGCAACAAAACGUAAUCAUCAAAUGGCACAACCAAUCCAUUAUAUCAUCAAUCCCAAUGCCAAUGAGGCGCUCCAAGAUCUACAAAGUGUGGUAGGACAUCUUGGGCCUACUAAUGUGGUAACGGUGGAAGCUACCAGUGAUGAUUUGUUGGAGUCUUUUGCUUUUUCCAGUGACUGA